UGUGUAAAUUAUGCCUGCGUAGUCGGGGAGAUGUUAAGAGAAAAGUUAAAAAUUUAGUGUGUAUUGUAACAUCGAGUGUAGGUCGAGUGCAUGUUACUCCCUAUCAGGUGACUUAUGUACCACAAACUUGGUCCACAUGCUUUGAUCAACGAAUUCAUGAUUGUCGUGUGACCUAGUGACCAGUAAUCAUAGGAGUGGCAUUUUUUCUUUAUGGAAAGAAUAGUGACAUCAGCUGUAAAGUAAAGCUCCUAGUAUGGUAAUGAUUCAUCCGUGGGAGAUACGUAUCAAGACCUAAGCAAGCAAUCUACAGGAAGACAGGCUUUAAUAAAAUAUUCAGAAAUGCCUCAGUCUUGGUUAACUCACAGAAUUCAAAUAUGGCUCUUGUUUUUAACAAUAUGCAUUGCCUAUGGUGCAGCAGAUGUUCUGGUGUAUUCAGCAACUACUGAGCCUAAGAUUUUACAUGCAUUUAAAGACAUGCCAUCUAAAUUUGGUGCUCCAAUAACAUCGGUGGGAAUAAAGGGUUUGGUCGUGUAUGCUGAUCCACCCACAGCCUGUAAUGAAACAAAACCUCCACCGAAUGACACUGGCUAUAAUGACAAUUGGAUUUUGCUUAUUGCGCGAUUUAAUUGCACCUUUGAGAGAAAGGUUCGUAUGGCACAGCAGGCUGGUUACGAUGCAGUAAUAGUGCACAAUGUUAAUAGCGACGAAUUAGAAACAAUGUCAGCAGAAGACGCUUUGGAUAUUGUGAUACCUUCAGUCUUUAUUUCUGAAACCGUGGGAUUUAAAAUUAGGGAUCAAUACCUCUAUAAUGAACAACACUUCAUAGUGAUCAACGAUGAUUUACCGUUCAACAUAAAUACACAUUUACUGUUGCCGUUUGUUGUCGUCGUUGGACUUUGUUUUCUAAUUAUGGUUGUUUUCAUGGUAGUACGAUGGAUAAAGGACAGAAGAAGACAACGUAGACACAUACUGCCAAAUUCAAGUUUAAAAAAAAUUCCAACGCACAAAUAUACAAAAGGUGAUCCAUACGAGACAUGUGCCAUCUGCUUAGACGAUUACGCGGAAGGCGAAAAAUUGAGAGUCCUGCCUUGUGCACACGCUUACCACAGCAAGUGUAUAGAUCCGUGGCUCACAAAGAACAGACGUGUCUGUCCUGUAUGCAAGCGGAAAGUCUUUGCGGCUGAUGAGCACGUCAGCGAUAGUGAGAGUGACACCGACGCUGACGACUCGACGCCAUUAAUACGUGAUGGUCAUCCAGGUACACAAGGAGGCACAUUCACUCCGCAAAGAGAGAAUCCAUUUUCCAGAGCAAGAAGAAUGCUUGAGAGAAAUGAUUCCAGUUCCUCUAGCAGUGGUUCCGAAGCAGAUAUAUUUGUGGAUUCUAAUGACGAUAGGGUGAAUGAGAACAACGGUGAUUCGUCCGGUACGACCCCCUUCGUGGUAUCAGACAGUCACAGCAUUAACGGUGAACCACCGGCCAUGGAGCGUUCGACGAGCAGAACCAAUACAGAGACGUGGGCGUUACCUGCGGGCACCGAAGAGUUAGCGGCGUCGCUCGUACAAAUGACGCCGACGCGGAAUCCCCGGAUACUGGUGAAUCCGGUAGCACCGAAUUCCGGUCAUCCCAUAAUGGUACCGGCCAAUCCUUUGCCGAUACCAACAAUACUUCCGGCGGAUCACGAGAGGAAUGAUUUCAUUGCGUAAUCAGGCUAAGGGUAACGUUCGUUCGGCUCCCUCACUUUCUAUUUCAUGUGGAUUGCCUGAAGUGUCUAAAAUUGAGGAAGGAUGGAUUCUACUUUGCAUACCAAUAAACGAAGACGAAGAAGAGGAAAAAGAAGGAAAGUCAAAUAUACAAAAAAGUACGAAAAUAACAGACACGUCGUUUAAUAAUCAUUUUCGUAAGGGUAUUCUCACAAUUUUUUUUCCUCACUAUUUCGUGAGCUUUGCGCAACUCGUGGGUUGUUUCUCAAGGUGUUGUGCGACACUGUAAUUUUUAGAAUAUCGACGUUCCUUUAACGCGACCGCUUCGAGAGUCCAUAGAUACAUAUCAGCCUCUUUUCUUGUAUCUUUCGUUUACGUCAAUACGAUCUCAAGAAAUUAAUGUCACGCUCAUCUAUCAAUAGCAUUCCUCGCAGCGUCGCAUUUAUUGGUCGCCAUUAAAAACUUAUAAAAAUAUAAACGUCAUCGUCGAGAUAGAGUAUCAGCACUUUGUUUUUUUCAUUAAAACAGUAACAAAAUAAUGAUAAUGCAUUACGAACAAGAUCAAUGGUAUGUGUCAAAGCGACUGACUCAAGGCGGACGCAUAUUUUCCUAAUAGUAUUUAUACGCGCUCGAGAAAGGCAUUAUUAUCUUGUUCUUUUUGUUUCUCUUGUUCUUCGCUCGCGGAAUAAAAUUCAGCUGUGUUCAUAGAUAUACUAAUUGUAAUCAGGUACCGGUUUGACGCGAGUUACGAUGUCCUUAAAAUUAUCCUCAAUGGAAGUCCACUUAAAUGUCGUUAAGGUAAAUGGCGUCUCCAAGGGUCCACGAGAUUCCUUUGUAUCCAGCAUCGCGUGGCAUCGAUCGAUCGGUAUAACUAUUUCGAGCGGUUUCUCAUUGACAUUCGCAGAGCCAGAUUACCUACACGUGUAUUAUUCGUCCGAGUUAACCAGAAAUUAUACACCCAUCAUCCCUACCUCGCUCCGGGGGGGAGCGACCCCUUGACAUCGCGACAGCCGCCCACUUUCGAUCCCUUAAAAUAGAAAAUUGGAAUAUGUAUUAUAACUAAGGUUUAACGGCGAAUACACGACGAGACUGAGAGAAGUUGUAAAGAAAAAGAGAAAAAGAAAGAAAAAAAAAUUAACACAGGGAGCUGAAAAAUUGACGAACUACAACGGUAUCAUAAAACACUGUAUAAUUGAUGACUUGUUUGGCACCGUAUAUCGGCCUCGCAGGACUACGUCACACUGUAAAUAUUAUUGAUAUACGCUAUAUGAAAAUUAUGAGAGAAAAAUAUACUACGAAAAAGAAAGAAGGAGGAAUAAGUAACGAGACACGAGUUAACCGAAAGGCAAAAGACGUAAGGAUAUACAUAUAUUUCAAUGCAGGACAUAGAAUAGAAAGAAAAAGGUUUAACGAGCGACGGUGCGAUAAAUUUUCGUGUAUAAUUGUGAAACGUGCAACAUCAAUAUUAUUGUCAUUGUUAUUAUUACAAUUAUUAUUAUUACAAUUAUUAUUAUUAUUAUUAUUAUUAUUAUUAUUAUUAUUAUUAUUGCUACUAAUACUUUAUUAUUACUUUAUUAUUAAUGCCGAUUAUUCAUUAUUUUCCAGAAAUUAACCUUUCAUCAAGUUGAGUCUCUUUAGAGUUUAGGAUCUUUGCUAUUGCGAAUCAUUGAUGGAAUACGUUUUAUUGUAUAACGCUAAAAAAAAAUUCUUUUGUAACGAGCGGAAGUGCUAAGUCAGAGGAUUACGAGGGACACGAUUAUAAGGACGUUCCUUUAAUUUUUAUUUGUUAUAACGAACAUGGGAUACGUCAAGCGAUUGCAUCGUGACACGUAUGCCGUACAUGGUUUCGACUAAUCAAAUUGAAAUGGACGGACGCUUGAGAGUGUCGUUGAAACGAAGUUUUUAGAACGUACAAAUACGAGGAGGAGGUUCGACGAAGAAAUUGUAAUGAUUUGUUUUUGUAAAUUGAGCUUAGGAAUAAAUAUCGUGCGUGAUAGAUUAUUAUUUUUUUUUAAUUUAUACUCGUGCCUCUCUUUACGUCAUACGGGAGGCCAUCGUCGGGCCGCGUUAACACGAGAUUCGUUACAUCAUUUUGCAGGAACUAGUCCGAUAUGUGAAUUAUUGAAUUUAUCCUUUUUUUUUUUAAACCAACCGGCAGUGCUACUUUUUCUUUGUCGUAUUACUUACUGGGUAACCGACAUAUUAAAGUUUAGGCGAGCCGUGCGAUAUUUUAAAAUGGAGAACAAUAAGAAUAUAACGCUGUAUAAAAACCAUGUAAAUACUGAACGCGAUGACGACGUUUUGUGCUGUGUAAUGUACAGUUAAAUGGAGAGAAGGAAAAUUAAAGAAAAAAAUAUGAUUGAAGGUGAAGAAAUUUAAUCUUCAUCCGAUCAUCACGAAUGUCCGAGUCACAACAAUGGUACCCGCUGGUACUGCUGUUACAUAGUAUACAUACAUAUAAGUAUAUGCAAUCGUCGUUACCUUAUGAUAUGUCGCAUAGAGCCUUACUUUAUUAUAUAUAUCUAAUAAAAAGAAAUAUUGUA